AAUUUUUGCCAAAUUGCAAUGUAUGAAGUAACAAAGCACUAACUUGAUGGAAAUAGAUUAAUUUAGUGAAGAUUUGUUCGUAUAAAGAGUGUGUAGUCAAUUUACAUUAUCUAAUAUAAAAUCAUCCAUUCCCUUCCAUUAUUUUCUCAUUAUCAAACCCUCUUUCUCUCACAUUUCUACUCAUCUCUGAAACACUCUAAUUCCAUGGCUGGUUUCUCCAGUACUCCAGUCCACAUCUCCAUCUUUCUCUUUUCUCUCUGCAUUCUCUCUUUAAGCUCAUUGUCAUGGAGUAGCAGUGGUAGUAAUCUAGAGAGACAAAAUGAUGAUUACGAGAAAUGGGUAUCAUGGAAUGUCGAAAACCAUAAGAAAAAGAUUAGUACUACUUGGGAAACAAACCAAGGCAUGGUUACGGCUGGUCACCGGAAAAGAAGCGGUAGAAGUGUUGUGGACUCAAAGCUAAGGAGGGCUGACUUGCGUACAGUGAGGAUGUGUGUUAGUCAGGAUGGAAGUUGUGAUUUCACAUCUAUCAGAGAGGCUAUUGAUUCUAUUCCUUUGAACAAUACAAGAAGAACCAUUUUGGAUAUCAAACCAGGUCUAUACAGGGAGAAAAUUGUUGUCCCUCUAGCAAAGCCUUUCAUUACUUUCAUGGGGGAUUCUCAGAACCCGCCUACCAUAACCGGAAACGACACUGCAUCAACCAUAGGAGAUGACGGAAGGCCAUUGACAACAUUUCAUAGUGCGACGGUCGCGGUUAACUCUGACUAUUUUGUGGCCAUCAACGUAAUAUUUGAGAACACAGUUCCACACGUGACUGGAACAUUGGCAGAGCAAGCAGUAGCUCUUCGCAUAUCCGGAAACAAAGCUGCAUUCUACAAUUGUACGUUCUAUGGGUAUCAAGACACUCUUUAUGAUCAUAAAGGACUUCACUAUUUCAAGAAUUGCUUCAUUCAAGGAUCCGUGGACUUCAUUUUCGGUUACGGUAGAUCCUUAUACGAGACUUGCUAUUUGAACUCAGUAGCAACAAAGGUAGCAUCAAUGACGGCCCAAAAGAGAACAAACUCAUCAUUGUCAAGUGGGUUCUCAUUUAAAGACAGUGUAGUAACUGGUAGUGGCCUUCUAUACUUGGGUAGAGCUUGGGGAGAUCGUUCACGCGUUAUAUUCUCAUACACUUUCAUGGACAAAGUUGUUCUUUCUCAAGGCUGGAAUGAUUGGGGAGAUCAAAAACGUGAACGGAGUGUCUACUAUGGAGAAUACAAAUGCAGUGGCCCUGGUGCAAAUGCCACGGGGAGAGUGCAGUGGGCAAGAUUGUUGAGCGACCAUGAGGCAAAGCCGUUCAUCGGAGCAUACUAUAUCGAUGGAGACGCUUGGCUCACGAGCCAGACUCUAUAAAUUCCAUAUGCAUUUUAUUUCUUCCAUCAAUCAAUCGCCAAGAGCAAGGAAGGCGCCCUUGAUGGUUUUAGUUUGUUUCUGAAAAACUUAAUUUAUGUUUAGUACUCUAAGUACUGAUUGAUUUGGUUAAUGUUAAGACAAAUAUGUAUUAUCUUUGAUAUUUCUGUUGUUUGCUCAAACGUGGACCUUUAAAAUUUGUUAUCUAGAACGCCAUUGUCGUA